AUGGCGACUCCCCUAUUUGCCAAUUCCUACUGGUCGCCAGACUACUCCACCGGUAUAGGAAAGCUAGCCCGUCAGCUGCGAUUGUCGUUGGGCCAACUACAUGAACUCAGACAGUACAUAUUAACUCAGGUGAAGAUUCACCUCAACAACGGAGAAUCCUUGGAUGGAUUGGCUCAAUCGUCUUAUCCGUUCGAUAGCGCGUUCAGACUGUCUCGCGGGCAGCGGCAAGUCAGUGGUGUCCGCAAAAUUUCCGGUCGGAUCACACAAGAGGCAGUAGAAGAAUUGGAUCUAGAUCUGGUAUACCGACAAUUUACACAGCAAAGUGCUGCUGAGCUGCAGCACUACAAAGACAUGGCUGCGAAAAUCGAGACACAGAUUUUGGAGCCAUUGACGGCUUUUUUGAAACAGAAUGAGCCCGUUGUAAAGGCGUCUAUAAAUGCAUUGUCUGACCUGGUCGCUGAGUACGAAGCUCAGUUCAAUGCCCUUGAAACAGUGAAAUCCGAAUACAAUACAAUUGCACGGUUAGGGGAAUUCCAGGGAUCAACUCUGGUGAAUGAGCUGAUCACCGAGGAGUCUACGAACUCAGAAGAUGUUAGUGUUGCAGACGUAUCUGUGGCCAACGACUCAUAUGUAGACACACAGGGCCAACAAGAAGCCCCUUCUCUGCUCUUGGAACUACAUGACAUCGAGCUACCUCUUGUUUUAGGUGGUAGUGCUCGCUUCGACCAAGAAACCGACUUUGCAAGCUUCAUCCGGUCCUUGAUAUUGUCAGUUCCCACAAGUCAGCGCAAAAUACACCUCCCUGGCUAUCGCGAUGAAAUCUUUAGAAGCGAAGAUUUAUCGGAGGGCCUUCGAACAUCCCGGCUCAAAGGUUUCGCACCCACUCGCGCCAACAUUGAGAAAUUUGGACAAGAUCUUUCAAACCUAAAACUCAUUGUUGGUACGGGGUUCUUUGCCAAGCGCUUCAAGAGCGAAGGUAUGUGGUUCGAGUGGUCAAGUGCCGCUCUUGAGAUCGCUCAAUUGAAUGAGCAUGAAUCCAAGCAAAUCGAGGAGAGCAAUUCCCAGCUCACCAAAGUAAAACUAGAUGAGGCUUUCAGUACAAUGGCAGUAUCAACAUCUAAGACUUUUAGCGGGGUUUUGAAAUCAGUUACAUCAUCGCUAGGUAAACAAAAGUUCUCUGAAGAAGCUCUUGCGGAAGCCGAAGUUUCUUAUAAUGAAGCCUACGAUUCUCUACAAUUACAGAAGCAUAAGCUUGAAAUGCUCAUUUUUGAAGUGGCAUCAAGAAUGGAACAGUUCGAGAAAUCAAAAAUCCAGACCAUUCUUACCAGUCUAAAUGUUCUCCAGAAAUUAGGGAGGGAACUUUCAAAAGCCUUAGAACAACUGUCUCGAGCCUUUGAUGAGAAGAUUUCUCUUGAUCCAAUUAUGCCAAACAUUAGCCAACUUGAGCUAACCAAAACUUGUCAGAACUUCGGCUCCGGUAUCUAUUUCCCGUCACUUCUUUUGUCAGACUCUGCUUCUUCUGGGACAAACAGUAUCACCCUGUUGAAUACCAACUUCCAAAACAUCAAAUUAAAUUUCAACCUCUAUAAGGAUAUUCCUUUGCAAUUGAGCGUUGCAAAGGCCCCCGAGCCAACAACAAACCUUCUCGAAAGGUCGAUGCCCUUCUUCUUGUAUGAGAUACUAAGAUAUCUUGACUCUUCUUCGACGGAUGAAUUGAAGGAGGAAUGGUUCUCACCUAUCAAUCAUCAGGAUGCUUGGUUGGUAAAGGAUGGGGUGCUUUCGGUGAUACAAGAACUCUCACAAAAGGGUAAUGCAAAAAGUAUCUCUACGAUUGAUCUGGACUUCACGAUACUCCAAACCAUUCUAGAGAAAAUGAGAAAUCUCACUUUGCGGAGACUAAUCAACUUUUUUAAGCAUUGGCUUCUAGAAGUGAGCGACUCUGUUAUUCCUUCCACAGUUUUCGACUCAUUGAUCAAACAUUACAAAUUGAGCGAAAACGAGACUAGUGAAAAUGAAUUGGUGAAGAUACUUGGUACAAUUCCGAGAAGCAAUUUGAGCUCUCUAAUACGUAUAUUACAUCACAUGAGAAAGGUAUUGUCUACUGAUCUCGAGACUCAUAAUGAUUCAACCGAGUCAAAUUCGAUCAAAAGCACAGUUGAAAGGCUUAACUCGAUGUCAUCAGUUGGCGCUGUCCCAUUCCUCCAUUUAAUUAUGAGACCCUCAGUCCUCAAGCACUCAGCUGGUUUCAAGCCUCCUUUGCAAGUAUACAAUGCAAUUCUUCUUGACUUAUUUAACAAUGGCACGAUCUCAAAACUUGAGGAACAUCUCAUUGUGUCAGAGGAGCACUACGCGCAGCGCCAGGAACAGCAAAGAUUUUUGUUCGAUCAACAGCUAAAUGGAGCUAGGGCUCGAUCUACAUCACUAAAUAGCGAAGGUCAAAUUCCAUCGGUUGAACUUACAUUACUGACACCAAAGAAGAAAGAAUCUGUGAAAUCAUCCACUCAAACUCUUCCUAAAACACCGAAAAGGUUAGGAGUAGCCGAUGGAGACAACUUCUCUUUAAGGCCUUUCAGAACUGGCACCACUCCUCGCCCAUCGCCAAGCUCUUCACCAGUCCAUAGAUUUGGAAAGCUGAAUGAUCAACUGGCCACUUCUGAAUUCAAAUCACCAUAA